UUGCAUAAAACCUUGUAUAAAAUUUUUGAUUAUGGUGAUGUUACUGCAAUUUUUUAAAUAAGUUUCAUGAUGAACCUUACUUAAUUCAGUUAUAUUUAGUGAGAGCUGGAAGCAAUAAUUACUCAAUUUUUAUUAUAAAUGGAGUAAAAACCCUUUAUUAUCGUUAUACGCAUUAAACCAUAGGUUAUGUUAUAUCCUGACUUUCUGUUAUAGGAAAUUAAAAAACAUGGAUCCAAACAUCUAUGCAUUGGUCCUGGAUACAUUGAACCGGGCUACCAGCCAGGACACAGAGAUACUCAAGCCCGCUGAGAAGAAAUUGGAAGAAUGGGAGAUAGAACCUGGGUUCUACUCUGUGCUAUUGAAUGUACUAUCAAACCAUUCUGUUGAUGUAAAUGUCCGUUGGUUGGCGGUGAUGUGCUUUAAAAAUGGCGUCGAUCGUUACUGGCGCCGGAAUGCACCGCAUGCCAUCACUGAUGAGGAGAAGAUGAAACUUCGUAACGGUCUACUCACAUCCAGUAUCCUGAGUGAGCCAGUAGCACAAAUUGCCACUCAGGAAGCUGUGCUUAUUGCUAAAAUUGCCAGGUUUGAUUGUCCAACAAAUUGGCCAAACUUAGUCCCGGAUUUGAUAGGAGCAUUGAAGGCCCCUCAGCCAUUGGUUCAGCAUAGAUCGUUGUUAAUUUUCCAUCAUGUGGUUAAAGCUCUUGCCUCUAAGCGACUAAUUGGCGACAGGAGGACAUUUCAAGAAUUAACUAACUCAGUAUAUGGUUUCAUAUUAAACCUAUGGCACGAGAACACAGAAAUAUUUCUCCGUCACAUCCAAGAGGGUGCGGCAACAGAACUGAUUACUGAACAUUUAGAGAAAGCCCUCCUCUGUCUGCGUGUGCUGAGGAAGUUGACAGUUUUCGGUUUUAGAAGAGCGCACGAGAGUCAGGAUGCUAUUGCAUUUUUGAAUGUUGUGUUCGACCGGGCUAAGACGAGCUUGGAGUGCAGAAAACUCCUUAAAGGUCGCGGCAUAUAUCCGCUCGAACUAUGCGAAAAGUUCAUCAUACACCUAACGAAAGUCGCCCUCGGCGUGCUGUGUUUUCAUCCCUUCUCCUACGUGCCUCUCAUCCGGCCAUCUCUGGAGUUUGCCUUGUACUACUGUUUUACCGAGCAAGGCAUGUCAUUGAUAUAUGAACGGUUUACCAUACAAUGCUUGAAUAUUGUGAAGGGCAUUUUGCAGUGUUUGGAAUUCAAGUUGCCGAAGGGAAUGGAUCAACCCAAGGAGCCAUUGACGUUACAAGCCCACCAGGUUAAAUGCGAAGUACUUACGGAGAGCACAGUGUGCCACAUGUGCAGACACUUGGUGACCCGAUACUUCCUACUAAGUUCUGAUGACCUGGCCCUAUGGGAUGCGGAGCCCGAGAGCUUUGCCACAGAUGAGGCGGGGGAAUCCUGGAAAUAUAGCUUAAGGCCAUGUACAGAAGCAGUGUUUAUGGAACUAUUCCACGAAUACCGGUCUCUCCUUGCCCCAGAACUGGUUCGGUUGCUUGUAUCAUUGCAAGAAACGCCUGUGUCUCCAGAUGACCUCCCGAAUAUACUGAAGAAAGAUGCCAUUUACAAUGCAGUGGGAUUGGCUGCUUUUGAUCUGUAUGAUGAUGUGGAUUUUGAUGAAUGGUUUACCAAUGUGCUAAGCCGAGAGUUGAAAAUUAAAGAUAACAAUUACAGAAUUAUUAGGAGGAGAGUAUGCCAGCUCAUAGGUCAAUGGUGUGGCGUGCGAGCGUCACAGUCUCUCCGGCCAGCAAUGUAUGAGGCUCUGCUGGAACCUCUCACUAGACCGGAUGAAGACCCUGCGGUGAAGCUGGCUGCUGCCGAAGCUUUACGGAGCACCAUAGAUGACUUCAACUUUAAAGUGGAACAGUUCGCGCCGUACGCGCAUCAUGCACUCGCUGCGCUUUAUGAGCUCCUGGUGGAAUCCGAAGAGUGCGACACGAAGAUGCACGUGCUGCACGUGAUCUCGUACGUGAUGGAGCGGUGCGGCGCGCUCGUGAGCCGCGGCGGCGGCGCCAGCGCGCUGUUCGCGUACCUGCCGCAGCUGUGGCAGCACGCCGCCUCGCACCACAUGCUGCGCGCCGCCGCGCUCGCCGCCGUCGUGCAUCUCGUGAAGGCGGUGGGCGAGUGCGCGGAGAGCAUCCGCGGGUGGGUGCUGUGCGUGGUGGGCGAGGCGACGCGCGCGGGCGAGCCGGCGCACGUGUACCUGCUGGAGGACGCGCUGGAGCUGUGGCUGGCCGUGCUGGAGGCGGCGCGCGCGCCCGACCCCGCGCUGCUCGACCUCGCCGCCAACCUCUACCCCAUACUCGAACAAUCGACGGAGCACCUCCGUAUAGUGGUAUACAUUAUGCAAGCGUACGCGCUGCUCUGCCCCGAAGAGUUCUUCUCGUGUGAAGGCGCCAAAUGUAUGGCGCUACUGGACGAUAUGUUGAGCGACAUGCGCACUGAGGGUGUGAUCACCGUGUUGAAGAUGGCCGAGAUAUGCAUCAGUGUUACGUAUCCGGAGAGGAAUCCGUUCUUGGGUGUGGAGGUUAUAUGGCCGAUAUUGAAGCGGGUUAUACACUGUCUUCUAGAAGGCGACGAUUUACCAAUGGUGUUCUCGGUGCAACUGUGCCUGUUAUCCAGAGUGAUCUUGCUAUCCUCGGAACUCUUUUACAAGGCGAUACAGGACGCGGCCAAGAACCUGCCGGAGUACGAGUCCGAUCCGGUGAAAGUGCUCAACAAGCUGUUGCACGUUUGGACUGAGAAGAUGAACUUUGUGACCCAGGUCGAGAGGUGGAAGGUGGUUGGAUUAGGUCUAGCUGCGUUAUUGACGACACAAAAUGCGACCGUUCUUCAGAGAUUCCCCGCGAUACUUCUCAAUUUGACUGAAGUUCUGAAUGACGUCAUGAAAUUGGAAGAUGGUGGCACUUAUGUUGACGGUCUGGUGGCGCCGCCCGGGUCGCGGCCCGCGUCCCCGCUGGAGGGGCGCGGCGCGGCGGCGCGGUGGGGCGCGGCGGAGGGCGCGGAGGGCGGCGAGGGCGCGGGCGCGGCGGCGGCGCGCAGCACGCCGCACGAGGCGCGCCGCCGCCGCCUCGCCGCCGCGCACCCCGCGCACGCGCUCGACCUGCGCGCAGUGACACACCACCAGCUCCAAACGUUGAAGAAUCAAGUUGGUGCGGAGACAUUCGAGAGACUGUUGCAGUCAUCUGAUAAAGACACGUUGCAGCAGCUGAGGGAAUAUAUACCACUUUAAUGACCCACGAAAUUAUAUUAUAUAAUAAAAAAGAACAAACUCCCUUGAAAAUUUGACAAAAUUCUACCGAUGUUAAGUUUGGAUCUUAGAACGUCGAUUAUAACGAAAAUGUAUAAAUUGCUUUUAUUCAAAUUAUUGUAUCUCUUCUUAAUCUUAUUAAGUCUACACUAUAUCUGUCUCACUCUAGUGAAUGACAAAGAAAUAGGAUAGGACAUGGAAUAUUGACUCGUUUAUUCGCAAUUCUAGAAGCGAUGUUUUUCUAUAUGAGUUGUUUUAUAGAUAUUUUUAAUAUAACCAUAAUUCCUUUUGUGGGCUGCUAACGUAAUUUGAAUCGAACUGUUUUAACGCAUUUAUUCUCUAGCAAUAUUAUCGUAUAAAAACAUUUAAAAUAUCUAAAGCUGUUUGAACCACUUUAAAAUAUAUGUACAUUAUUUUAUUGAUAAAUAAUGUAUAAUGAAUAUCUAAAGCCUCAUAUACUUAUGUGAUAUGGAUAUUUCCUAUAACAUAGCUUUAAUUUUAAGUCCAACUAUUCUGUAUAUGUCUUAAAGGUGUUUGUAUUCAUUCAAUAAUUUCUGUUUGCCGAAUUUCUUCCGGAAUGUUCUAUUGUGAUGUUUGUUAUUUUUGGUACUAUAAAAAUAGUAAAUUGGCAAAUAGCAGCCAACCAGCUUUUGACUUUAGAAUAGUUUAUAUUUAUAGCAAUAACUAUUAAAAUUAGAAGUUUUGUAUUAUUUUCUUCUGUUUUUUACAAUGGACUUAAUAGUCGGGAAAAAAGUUGGUUUUCGCUAAAGCGAAGCGAGCUGAAAGCUGGGUGAUAUCAGAAGCAAGCAAUAAACAUUGACAUAUACAGAAUUUCAUGAAAUUCAUCUAUUUUAGCGUCUAGGUUGAUGUAUACUAACACUAAAAUUUUUAAUGUAUUGCCAUCUAGAAUAAAUUGGAAAAAUUGUUAUUAAAAUAAGAGAAAUGGCAAUGAGUAUAGAAAUUAAUAACAGUCCAUUCUUCUAUAAAUGCUUCAUAUGUUGUCAAGUAACUUUAUUAUAGGAAUAUUUCUAUUCUCUCUCGCUCACUCUUAUUGAUAUUUUAUUGCAACAGAGCGAGAUAGCAUAAUAAGCUGACUAGUUAUAUCUGCUUAUAUAUAUUUUUGUUUCUGUAUAAACGAUGUAUGUAUUACAUAUAUUUUUAUAUUUCGAUAAUUGUAAGUUCUGUAUUUAAUGUACAGUUAACGUUGCGUUUUAUUUGCCGAGAUUGUCUAAAUCUUCGAAAGUCAGCACUAAAUUGUAGUUUUAGUCAAAUACGAAUGUAAAAACGAUAUAUAUUGUAUAUGUUAUGUUAUUUCUUUAAAACAUAAGUAUACGAAUAAAAUAUACAUUCGAGAACGACCGCGUUUUGUUUAAAUUGUUUUUAAGCUCGCAUUUGUACCGAUGUUUUUAUAAAAUUUUGUUUAAAGAGGGUUUUGAGAUAUCAUUUUUAUUUAAAGUUACUUUCUUAAAUAUCACUACUGCUGGCUUUACAGUAAUAGUUGAUUAAACUUAUCUGUGAAGAUAUGAAGAUAAAUAAUAAUAUGAAACAUUCAAUAUAAAGCAGAUUCCAAUAACACAUGUGCGUCCCCUCUGAACGGAGCACUACAUUUGAGAAAUCGUUUGAGCAAAGUGACAUGGUGCUGAAUAUAAUCAUUUAGAAUUUCCCAAUGAUUUUGGGGAAUGUGUCGGAUGAAUCGUGUAAAUUGUAUAUUAUACGGUAUUCUCAGUUCAAUUGAGUCGACAUUGCCUUAUCACGUCACUUAUCAGAUAAGUCGGUCAAUCUAUACUCAUAGUUCUCUUAAUUUACCGAUACUAAAAAAAUUGCCACUUAUUCCAUAGAUUGAGCUGUUUGUUGUGCAUUCUUCAAAAAUCUAAUACAAAAUAAACGAUGUAGCAACAUAACUCAAGGGUUUUCUUCGUAUAUAAAUAAUCUACCAAAAUAUUAUAUAAAUUUUUUAAGCUUACUAAUUAAAGUAGGCGGAGAAGAUUUGACGGAGAAAAAAUAUCGGUGGGAAUGCUUGUUCAAUACUUUUUUGUAACUUUUUUUAGGUUUGCUCUAUAGAGAUGUAUAGAAAAUUAAAACAUUUUUUUGAAAAACUGAUU